CUCUCCACUAUAAAAGAUCUCUGUGAUGGACACCCCGUUACACCGCAGUUCCCUUUCACGCAGCGGAGAUGAGCGCUCGGAUAGCGAAAUCCAACCCGGCCAUGAAACUAAUUGUGCUCUUCACAGCUUCUCUUUCCUGGGCCUUCCAGCAGCAGGCUGUACCGCCAAAGUACCAGUACCGUGACCCUGUGACAGCUGAUCUCCUCCUGUGUGACCAGUGCCCUCCUGGCACAGCUGUGAAACAACACUGCACUGUUGACUCGCCCACGGAGUGUCAGCCCUGUCCUGAGAGGCAUUUUGCUGAGAACUGGCACUGGGGGGACACGUGCCAAUAUUGCACCUCGGUGUGUAAGGAGAGACAGCUAGUGAAGCAGCAGUGUAACAGCACUCAUGACCAGCUGUGUGAGUGUGCUCCAGGUUUCCACCUAGUGGUGGAGUUCUGCAUCACACACAGUGCCUGCCUACCUGGCUAUGGAGUGACAGCUUUAGGCACACCAGUGAGUGACACUGUGUGUGAGCGUUGUCCAGCUGGUCACUUCUCCACUGGCAGCUCCUCCACAAACCCAUGUCAGCCCCACAGAAACUGCUCAGAUCUGGACCUGAAGACACUCAAAUGGGGCACAGCCACUUCAGACAGCCUCUGUAGCAGUCAGGGCAAGACAUCAACAGCGGGCUGCUCUCGGCAUCAGACUUUGUGCUACACAGGUAAAAACCUCCCAUCGCUGCUGCAAUCUAGUUUGCUUUGCCUCUGCCAUUCUGUCCCACCAGGUGUGGCCCACUGUGAGAGAAAGGUCUCACGAUGCAGCAGUCUGAAGAACCUGACACUAGAUGACCUUCUUAAGGUUGCCAAUAGCCUACCAGGGGUCAAAGUUCGGCAAGAGGAUGUCCAAACUGUGGUCUCUACCUGCCGGCCCAGACAGUACAUUCUGCAGCUGCUUCACCUUUGGAAGACAGCAAACUAUGACCUGGAUCUAGUCAAAGGUCUAUCUCACAGUCUGAGGGUGCUGCGCAGCCAGGGGGCACCACGCAAUCUGCUGAAAGGCCUGAAGAAAAUCAGUCGCAUCAUAGAAACCAGCUCCGCACACAAGCUGUAUGAGAAAAUGUUUUUAACUAUGCUUCAGGAUGAGUCAUGUUUUAAGGCUCAUAAGCCCUUAAAUUAA